AUGCGUAUUUUCCCGUCACAUCAAUUUGUCAGCACAAGUGAAUGUAAACAAGGCAAGAGCUUCACGCUGACCAUCACCGUCAACACGUCACCGCCGCAAGUGGCCACCUACUCCAAGGCCAUUAAGGUCACCGUGGACGGCCCGCGCGAGCCCAGAUCCAAGACA